AUGUCCGAAAAUGACUUUGAGAAAGAAUCCAUGGAGAACAUCCCUUAUGCUGCAGCGGUUGGGUGUCUUGGAUAUAUUCAAGUCUGUACAAGGCCGGACAUUGCUUUCGCGGUUGGAAUGCUCGGACGUUACCUACACAAUCCGGGAUUAGACCACUGGAGAGCUGUGAAGAAGGUUCUAAGGUAUCUAAAAGGAACCAAAGACUACAAGCUUGGGUUUAGGCAGACGGACAAUCUAGAUGUUGUCGGCUAUUCUGAUGCUGACUUCGCUGGCUGUGUUGAUUCUCGAAAAUCAACUUCUGGGUGCGUUUUUAUUAUGGCCGGUGGGGCUAUCUCAUGGAGAAGUGUCAAACAGUCCUUAAUAGCCACUUCUACAUGUGAAGCCGAGUUCGUUUCCUGUUUCGAGGCUACUUCGCAAGGUGUUUGGCUAAAGAAUUUUAUUUCAGGGUUUAGAGUUAUGAACUCUAUAUCGAAGCCAUUGAAAGUCUACUGUGACAACUCAGCUGCAAUCUUCCUGGCUAAGAACAACAAAAGUGGGAGUCGAAGUAAGCACAUCGACAUCAAAUUCUUAGCCAUUAGGGAGCGUGUCAAGAAUAAAGUUGUAAUCAUUGAACACAUUAGGACUGAGCUGAUGUUGGCAGAUCCCUUGACUAAAGGCAUGCCUCCAUUUAAAUUCAAGGAUCUGGUUCAGAAAAUGGGACUUUCAUCUAUUUUGUAA